AUGCAGAAGGCCGAGGUGCGAUUGCGAGAGGAGUUUCAAGCCCAACUCCAAGCGCAGGCCACACACGCCGACAAGGAGCGAGCGCUUUUGGAGGCAGGAUUUUUGCAACGCUUAGCGGGGGCGGAGCGGCAACGCGAUUCGUUGCAGGCACAGAUCAACUACACCGUCUAUGAUGUGUCGAGGGACAAGGACCUGUUGGAGGCGAGGCUUCGUGGUGAGCUGGACGAUGCCAAGCACCAUCGAGAAGUUCAAGAGGCGAAGAUGUUUGCCGUGAUGCAGGACGCGGAGCGCCAGCGGGAGAUUGAUCAGGCAAAGCUGUCUGCCCUCCUUCACGAUGAGCGGCGGCAGCAUGACGUCCGCCAGGCUCGGCUGACAGAGACGUUCCGCAGGCAUGAACUCAAAGCGCAGCAACUCCACGAGGAGCAGGGUGACCAGCUUCGACAAGGGAGGAGUGAAGUGGCUGAGGAGCGCCGGCGAGCUGGCGUGCUACAAAGCCAGCUCGAGACGGCUCAGGCCGAGCUGGUAAAGGCACACGCUUGCGCCUUCGAUCUGAAGGCGGCCCUGGAAAAUCUGAAGACCUUGAAGGAGCUUCGCGACGCUGAGGAAAAGCGUCGCAAAGAGACGGAGGAGAGUCGCCAGGCACUGCUGCAUCACGUGAAGGAGGUCGAAUCUCAGCGUGCUCGCUUGCAGGCUCAGCUUGACGAGAUCCAAGCCGGUUACGUCAGCUUGAAGGCCGAGGCAGAGGCGGAGCGCUCCAAGACACGCCUGGCGGAGCAGACGCUGAAGGAGCGUGACGUCCGCGUCGCCCAGCUACUAGAGGAGAUUCAGAAGUAUCGUUCCCAGCAGAACUUGAUGAAGGAUGAGGCCAUUGAGCUUGCGGAGCAUCGCGCAUGGCUUGGUGAGGAUCAGCGGUGGCUUCUCACGCUGGAGUCGCGUUUGAAGGAGGAGCAGAAGAGAGCGGGUGAGCUGGAGGACCAACUUUUGGAGGAGAGGAAGAGGUGCGCCCGGCGUCUGGAGGAUAUGUCGCAGGAGCUGCUGGAGGAGAAGGCCAAGUGCUUGGAGCUGCGGAAGCCGAGCGCGGCAGACCGGCCUCCCAGGCCUGCCGCCUCGGCGGAUCAAGCGGUGGCUGCUGUGGUUGCCCAGCCAGCGAAGCGGGCCAUGCUUGUGGCUGCUUGCGUUGGACAUCUCGCGAGUGGUGAUGACCUGUGCAAGACUGAACCAUACCAUGCCCUGUACCGGAGGGCAUCAGCCACUGCGCUGCAGAAACGCGCCGUUUGCAGGGGCCUUUCCGACCACCGGCACAGCAGCAAUCCGAUGCAGGCCCCAGCCCUGUUCGCCUCCCUGCUCAUCUCAGCAAGGCGGCUUUGCCGCCGCUGGCACAAGGGUCUUCGAUGCAAAGCCGGGGAAGUGGAAGUGAAGCCGCCCAGAUUGGAGUUCCUUGACGAUGAUCCGAGUUGCUACACCAUUGGCGUCCUGGGCGACCUUCACCUGGACCCUGGCGACUUGGAGGACUCCAUGCUCGGGCGUCAGCACAUGAAGCAGGCCUUGGAGGGACAGCCGAACGUUUUCGUUGUCUCUUUGGGUGACCUUGGAGAGUCCACGAUGUGCAACGACACCAAACAGCUUUUCUCGGGGACUACGGCAUGCUUCCAGCUUGGGCGUGAGUAUUUGGACGGUUUAGAUGCGAGCUACGAUGUGGUGGGCGGGAACCAUGACCUUGAGGGCAUCGAUGAGUUCGCCACAGAUAGGGAGAACCUCGCAGCCUUCCUCGACAUCCUGGGCAAGGAGACGCCGCAGUUCUGCCACGAGAUCGCCGAGCGGACGUUGCUCGUCGGACUUGGCUCUACUUCGUUCCGCAGCGCGCGCUUCUCGUCCCACGAGGCCUUGCAGCAGAUUGGACAGGUGUCCGUAGACGAGGAGCAGCUGGAGUGGUUUGAAGAAACCAUCCGUGCCCAUCCUGCUUCUGAGGGCUGGCAGGUCUUCGUAUUCUCGCACGCGCCGAUCAUUGGCUCUGCGCUGCGAGUGCUACAGGAGCUUCAUGUGCUGAAUGGCUGCUGCUGGCUGAACCACUCUGACGGAGCUAGCUCCAAGAAGUUCAUUCAGAUCGUCCGCGAGAACGCCUGUAUCAAGGGCUGGUUUUCAGGGCACUUCCACCUGUCUCACGACUACGAAGACUCCAUCACAUUCCCAGGUGGCAACCGUCGUGGCCACUGCGUCUUUGCGCAGACAGGGGUGAUGCGAAGCCAGUCCUCGAGGGAUGGAAGGCGGCAGUCGCGACUUGUGAAGGGCAAUGCCCAGGGGUUCGAGAUCUACACUGUGGAUCACAAGAGAGGCGGCGAGCUUCGCUUGGAUGCCACAGUGUUGUACUCCGACAGCUGUGACCUGCCGGAGGAGCUCACCAUCAGUCAGGAAGCUUCAGAGUGCUCGACGCUGACGUUUGCGCACAAGCAUGAGGACUACGACCAUGACUUGUGGUUUUCUGCGUACGUGCCGCAGGAGAACGAUGGCUGCCUGAUAAAAGACGCAACUGGCCUGUUGAAUCCUGUCGGGGCAGAGAUGGAGGUCUGCUGGUGGCACAUGAAGGAUGGAGCUGUGCUCGGUGUGCACAGUGGCAUGAUCAUCGAGUACGAUGCCUCGACUCUUGCACCUCUUGGCAUGGUCGUCAGUCGAGAUGAGCUGCAGGAUCGGCGCGUCGCUGUCAUUGAUGACGAGUGGGGCGGAUCAGCGCUGGUGUUGUAUGAUGAUCAUACCAGUGAUGUCACCGUGGUACAGCCAAACGAGGACGGCUCCUACUGGCGCAAAGUGGUGAGAAACAAGAUGCACCGAAUGAAGGAGAUGCGACGAAUGAAAGCUGCAGAGAGAUGGGCCAAGAAGGAGAAGCAGCUGGACAAGGUCAGGGUGCUGUCUUCCUAUGGUCCCUACAAGACGAGCUCUGGCAAGGUCCUGGGCUUGUCUACCCGGGCCAUCGAUCCAAAGGCAGUCCUCGAUGUGAAAGAAAUGGAGAGUAUGCUGAAGAAGGAGCGCAGUCAUCGGCAGCAGUUCAGUGACUUCGUCGAGGACCUGGAGAAACGCUGCUGGGUGCUUCAGAAGGAUCUCCGCUUGCAAAGCCUGCCUGAAGUGUUGGCUGCGGAACGAAAGCAGGCCGUCGCCAUAACGCAAAGAGCGGUCGAUUUUGAAGACCGGUGUGAAAAGCUGCAGAAGAACAUUGACGACAUGCACAUUUACAUGGAGAAGUUGAGUGUGGAGAGUGCGCAGGGUGCCGUGGCAGUUCAGAGGGCCAAUGAGAUGCAGGAGCAGUAUGACCAGCUGCGCUACACUCAGACACUCAGAUACUUGGAAUUGUGA